AUGGAAGAUUCCAAAACCUCAAGUGUGCACGUUGAGCACCAACUCGCGGUACCCUCCCAAUCUCUGGGAGAAAAUACCAUCGGUAUCGAGGACGAAGCCCUCUUACAGAUGUCAGCAGAGCUUCCUGGCUUUGCCAAUUUAGUCGAGAAAGCUCGACGCGCAACCGACUUUGAACAUAAACUCACUAACCGAGAUGCCUUCAAGCUCUUCCCCAAGGCAAUUGGUUUCUCUUUUGUGCUAUCUCUUGCUAUCAUUAUGGAGGGAUACGAUACAUCUCUUCUUGGUUCAUUUUACGCCUACCCGACUUUCAAAGAACGAUUUGGUGUUUAUAGCAAGGAUCAUGGUUAUCAAGUUACCUCAAACUGGCAGACCGGUCUUCAGAAUGGAACCAACGUUGGGCAAAUCAUGGGGCUGCUUAUGGCUGGUCUCAUUGCUGAUCGCUUUGGGUAUAAAAGGACCAUGCUAGGUGCUUUGAUCGCGCUGAUUGGUUUCAUUUUCUUGAUGUUCUUCGCUCAGAAUAUCGGAAUGCUGUUCGCUGGCGAAGUCCUCUGCGGCAUCCCCUGGGGCGCUUUUCAGACCUUGACUACUACGUACGCUGCUGAGGUCAGCCCUAUUAUUCUACGCCCAUACCUUACCACCUAUGUCAAUCUCUGUUGGGUCACUGGGCAGUUUAUCUCCACCGGAGUCUUAAGAGGCCUUUUGACCCGCACAGAUCAGUGGGGAUGGCGUAUCCCAUAUGCUAUCCAGUGGGUCUGGCCGGUCCCCAUCAUCAUCGGUGUCAUUUUCGCGCCCGAGUCGCCUUGGUGGCUUGUUCGCAAUGGGCAAACUCAAGAAGCCAAGAGGUCUCUUGAUCGCUUAGCUACACCAGGGAUAUCGGAAUACAAUACCGACGACGCUAUCGCACUCAUGAUCAUCACGAAUACGCAGGAGAAAAUCUCCCAAGCUGGAGUCUCAUACUGGGAUUGCUUCAAAGGAGUGGACCGCCGACGUACCGAGAUUGUGUGCUGUGUCUGGAUGUGCCAGGUCUUCUGUGGUAUUUGGUUUGGGGGCAACAUCGUCUAUUUCCUACAACAGAUCAACUUUAGCGACGACCAGGCCUUCGACUUUGGUCUUGGCGUUAACGCUAUUGGUUGGCUUGGCACCAUUUGCUCUUGGUUCGUGAUGCAGCGUGUUGGUCGACGUAGGCUAUUCAUCACCGGUCUCGGAACUAUGUUCUCGGUAUUGAUGCUAGUCGGUUUCCUCGGCAUCCCAAACAAAGUUUCCCCCGGGCUGAGUUACACUUCUGCGGCUCUGCUCCUAGUAUACGUCUUUGCUUAUGACCUAACUGUCGGCCCCGUUACCUACUGCCUCAUCUCGGAAAUCCCGUCCACUCGCCUUCGCAUCAAGAGUGCGGUUCUCGCGCGUAACUGUUACAAUAUCGCGAGUAUCGUUGCCAAUUUCUUGAACCCUCCUAUCCUGAAUCCUUUGUCCUGGAAUUUAAGGGGCAAAGGUGGUUUUAUUUGGGCUUCUACUUGUAUGCUUUGUUUCCUCUGGUCAUUCUUCCGCUUGCCCGAGCCCAAGGGACGCACUCCAACUGAGCUGGACAUUCUCUUCAGCAAGGAUAUUAACGCGAGGAAGUUCCGCAAGUUUGAGGUUACUCCAUUCCGCUCUAACAACUUUGAGGUUGUUUCGGAGAGUGCUGCUUUGGAGAAGCACUAA